AUGGCCAUCAUGAGGCUUGUUUUUGAGUCUAUACCUCCCCCCCUCUCCCACCAUAAAACGGCUACUAAGGCAAUCCCUCUAUGCCGGAGGUACCAGACGUCGGCAACAAUACGCGCUGACGCCUGCGACAAUCGUCUUACUUUCAUCGCUUCAAUUGCAUUCGUCCUGAAAACUGGUCCCAGAAGCGGAGGCACGACAAAAAGCCAUUCUCCUCUACUCACUCGAAAAAAGAUAAUUGUUUACAGCCUCCGGCGAAACUGGCUGCUUCUGUGGAUGUCUGUUGGUGGCUUGGCGGCCAAU